AAAUAUUCAAAAUGAGUUCUCUCAAAGACUUCAAAAUAUAUGAAGAGCUAGGUGCAGGUGCCUACUCUAAGGUCAAUAGGGUUAAACGAAGCGAUGACGGUCAGGAAUAUGCCCUCAAAAGAGUCUUCCUCAGUAAGCUGACUGAUAAGGAGAAGGAAAAUGCUCUGAAUGAAGUCAGAAUUCUUGCAUCAGUAAAUUCUGACAAUGUAGUAUCUUAUAAAGAAGCCUUCUGGACAACUUCUCCUUCUUCACUUUGCAUCAUUAUGGAGCUGGCUGAUGGAGGAGACUUAUAUGAUCUGAUAAAGAAGCAUAAAAAGGCAAAAACUUACUUCACAGAGGAGAAAAUUUGGGACAUCUUCAUUCAAAUUGUCAAAGGACUCAAAAUUUUGCAUGCUCAUAAGGUCCUUCAUAGAGAUUUGAAAUGAGCUAACGUAUUUCUUAAUAAGGAUGGGACAGUCAAAUUAGGUGACUUAAAUGUUUCUAAAGUCGCUAAAGCAGGACUUGUCUAUACUCAAACUGGAACACCGUAUUAUGCUUCUCCAGAAGUUUGGCAGGACAAACCUUAUGAUUCAAAGAGCGACAUCUGGAGUCUUGGUGUAGUUUUAUAUGAAAUGUGUACUCUUAAUCCCCCUUUUACUGACACCAGUAUGCAAGGGCUAUGCAAGAAAGUUAUGAAGGGCAUAUACCCCUCAAUCUCAUCUAGAUACUCAAAAGACUUGUCCACAAUGAUAGCUACCUUGCUAAAUGUUUCCGCCUCCAAAAGGCCGAGUUGAAGUCAAAUUCUCCACAUGCCAGCUUGUGAAGAGCAUCUCUUAGAAGAAGAGAAUUACGAAAUAAGCCAAGAACUACUUAACACAAUCAAGUUACCUCGCAACUUAAAGCACCUGAACAACAGGCUGCCCAAAUCUCAGUACGAAGAAAAUGAGAUUGAGAAGGAAAACUGUCAGGGUUUGAACAGAGAAUUAUCACCUAAAUUAAGCCAACCAGUUUUGGGCUUAAACAAAAGCCAUGAUAACCUCCCCAAAGAUCCAGCUAGGGAGGCUGCAAAGUAUGAAGCCAUUGCUGAGAUAGAGAGGAAGUAUGGGAGGAAGAAGUCCCGGACUGGAAAGAAGCAGAGGCAAAUCCCCAAGACCACUCCUAGUUCCAUUAACGGCAUCCCUAAUAUUUACAAUAAGUGCCGGGAAGAAGCAAGAGAUGCGGCUGAGUCACUGAAAAAGCAAAAUUAUUUGAAACUCAGAGAAAAGUAUUCCCAAAGAGCCAAGGAAGUUGAGAAGCUUGAAAGGGAGAAACGCAUGCUCAGAAAUCAAAUGGUUCAAGACGUUGCCAAUGGAGCAUCCCAUAAUGCGAGUUAUGAUUACCCAAGGGAUUCCGCGCAAAGGCCUAAUUAUCAUGAUAUGAGAAGUGGCAGAAAAUAUGACCUUAUUAGUCAUAUGAACUCGAGAAGUCAAGAUCAUAGAGAGCCUCUUAAGAGAAGUGUGAUUAAACCUCUAAGUAUCAAGAAACACAACAUGAGAUUGCCAUCAACCACUAAAGAAAUGGAUAACCUUUCUGUUAAUGACAAUGAAAGGAGAAAAGCUAGAAUCCUUCGCCAUGCUCAGGAGAUCAGAGCAGCUGUGAGUCUAAACAAAGAAAGAGCAACUGGAGCGAGCUCUGCGAUCUACAACGCUUCUGGUGCCUAUGAGUCCUCCGUGCCAAAAUGGUGGGGAUAGUAUUUGAACCCCAUUUAGUUUUUCACUAAUUCUUCUAUUCCAAUUGC